AUGAUGCCCGGCCAGCGACUGCAAGGCUGCCGCUCCCUGCACCUCAACGAGGACAACGGCCGCUUCGCGCUGCUCGCCCUCCUCAUCAUCCUGUACCUGCUGUGCGGCGCCGCGGUCUUCUCGGCCAUCGAGCGGCCCUCGGAGCUACGGGCCCAUGGCCGCUGGAACGGGACGCUCCUCAACUUCAGCGAGACCUUCAACAUCAGCCUGCGGGACCUCAACUCCUUCCUGCGGGAGUACGAGGCAGCCAUCGCCGCCGGCAUCCGGGCGGACGCUCUGAGGCCAAGAUGGGAUUUUACAGGGGCUUUUUAUUUUGUUGGAACUGUGGUGUCGACUAUAGGUUUCGGGAUGACAACACCGGUGACAGUCGCAGGAAAGGUGUUCCUGAUCUUUUAUGGUCUUCUGGGCUGCGCUGCCACCAUCCUCUUCUUUAACCUUUUCCUGGAGCGCAUCAUCACUCUGCUGGCCGUGGUGAUGAAGGCCGUACGGGAGCGACGCAUCAGGAACAGCGGUCUUCUCCCGCCAGGCAUCCGCCAUGACUUCUCAGCCUACUCCCUCCCAGGCUGGAAGCCCUCUGUGUACCACGUGAUGCUAAUUCUCGGACUGUCAGCCAUCACUAUCUCCUGCUGUGCAUCAGCCAUGUACACCCCCGUUGAGGGCUGGGGGUACUUAGACUCGCUCUACUUCUGCUUCGUCACCUUCAGCACCAUCGGCUUUGGGGACUACGUCAGCAGCCAGACCGCCGCUUACGAAUACCAAAGCCUCUACAGGGUGGCCAACUUCUUUUUCAUGCUAAUGGGCGUGUGCUGCAUCUACUCGCUCUUCAAUGUCAUCUCGAUCGUCAUCAAGCAGGUGCUCAACUGGAUCCUCGAGAAAAUGAGCUGCAUGUUUUGCCAGCGCUGCAGUAACGCCAACGCCUUACUGGGCAGACGCAACGCGAUCCGACCGGGCUCCCGGGGUCGCCAGAGUCGGUUCGGCCAGCCGUCCGACUCCGAAGGACCUUGUGAUAGUGACACUGAGGGACGCAGACUAUCAGGGGAGAUGAUCUCCAUGAAAGACCUGGCAGCCUCUAACAAGGUGUCGCUGGCCCUCAUGCAGAAGCAGCUGUCUGAGUCUGCCAAUGGAUAUCCCAGGACAGUCUGUGGCAGCUCGCGCCAUAAUGGUUUCUCUGGGGGGGUUGGCGCCCUCGGUAUCAUGAACAACAGGCUGGCAGAGACGAGUAACUCCAGGUAGAGGCCACAGUCAAACAGGACUAUGACAGCUCCUCGCGUCAGGCUGUGCAACAAAUCCCGGCGCUUUGGAUAUGGAUCACCAGUGUAACUUGUUAUGCAUGAUACAUUUUGAUUUUUUUAGAUACUUUCGGAAAUACAAGCCUGUGGUGAUGAUACAGGCAAUGACUUUGAUGGUUUGAUGUUGAUGGCAUGACGAGGAAACCACAGAGUCAACAUUAACAAAUACAUUAGUCAAUUGGGAAGCAUGGGGACAACCCAUCACCCAUUUCAUUAACCUUAAACCCAACCCAGAACAAAUAUAUCUUAAACAUCAGUCCGUAGAAAUAGUCGGUUGUACACGCUCGAUAUAUCAGACUUACUUGACCGAAAUCCUCUGAGCCAAGGGAAGUACACAGUGCAAUCUUAAUUCUUCAUGGGAGUUUGCCAGUUUAUAUGAAUGUACAUAUUUAAAGCUCAUAUAGACAUGACGAGUGUAAUCACUGAAUGAUAUAGCACAUACUGAACUAUGCAUUUUACUUUUCAUGUAUUUUUUUGCACCAUUUCUAGACCUUCAAUUGAUUGUGCAAUCCCCAUUCAUUCUUGACACGGGUCAAGUCUCUACCCUCAGGUGACUCCUUUCAUUUCCGGGGCGGUGUGCAGAAAGUGAGGUUUGUGAGUGUGGCAGUGAUGUAGCUGAUUUGGUCGGGGCU